AUCUAAUUUCCUGGAGGGGGGACAGGAAGCUGCUGCCAUGGAGGGAGGAAGUGGCUCCGUUAUCUCUUUUGGGGAUGGUUGCCCAUCCCCCCACCAGGGUUGUCAUUCCCUGUGUGCUGGUACUAUAGGAUGGCCCCUGUGGGCUCCCAGCACCAAGGUUGCACAUCUCUGGGCAGAUGGACCCUUCUGGGGUGACCAUGUUGGGAACAGUACCAUGGUGUCCCCAAGAUGGCAUCUCCCUGCCAGGCACUGCCCACAUAUGCUGAGCUGGGGUGAUGCUAUCGUGGGGACACAGGGACUGGGGAGGGGACAGGUGCUGCUGCUUGCUGUCACACUGUUCCUGCUGCAGCCAGGAGAUGCCUGGGGGGCUGGAUGUGGGGACGUAAGAAUGGGGACCAACAGGUGUCUGGGAUGGAGACACGAGUGGUAGCGUUGGGGUGCUGGAGUUGGCUCGGUGUGAGUGUGGGGAGGUGGGCAGCCCAUGUAUGAGGCCACAGUGGGUGGCUCAUUUCCUGCUAUGGUAAUCACUGCUAAUUGGCUUUGCCUUCCCGGGGCUGGGGGGAGGGGGGCAGGUAAGAGGAUUUCCUGGCCUCCUUCUUAAGGGCUGGCUGACCCCCGGCCUUGCUCCUGCUGCCACCACCACCCCUCAGCCCCAUGCCACGCUCGAGGGGGGACAAGGGGGCUCCCAAGAACACCGAAGCCUCAGGCAAAGGGAAGCAGGGGGAGGUGGACGAGAGGCCCCCCAAAGCCCCUGAGGCGGGUGGCCCCCCGGGCAGCCCCAACACUGAAGCCCAGCACGGAUGCCACGGGCAGAAGAACAGCAAGAAAGGGGCUGGGGACCCCCACGCUGCCAGCACCAAGGCGUAUUCACCAUUCCUCAACAUGGUGUUUGGCAAGGAGCGGGAGCUGUCACCGGAGGAGCUGGAUGAGCUGCUGGAUGCCUUCAAGGAGUUUGACACCGACCAGGAUGGUUUCAUCAGCUACAAGGACUUGGGUGCCUGCAUGCGCACGCUGGGAUAUAUGCCCACUGAGAUGGAGCUCAUCGAGAUCUCCCAGCACAUCAAGAUGAGGAUGGGUGGCCGUGUGGACUUUGAGGACUUUGUGCAGAUGAUGGGGCCGAAGCUGCGGGAGGAGACGGCUCAUAUGGUGGGUGUGAGGGAGCUGAAGAUCGCCUUCCGUGAGUUCGAUGUGAACGGGGAUGGGGAGAUCAGCAGUGCAGAGAUGCGGCAGGCCAUCGCGGCGCUGCUGGGCGAGCAGCUGAAGGCACAGGAGGUUGAUGAGAUCCUGCAGGAUGUGGACCUCAAUGGGGACGGCCGUGUGGACUUCGAUGAGUUCGUCAUGAUGCUGUCCUCCCGGUAAUGAAGCUGUGGGGCAGCAGGGGGCCCAGGGCUGCCUCCUCUCCCUAGCGCUGCUCCAGCCAUCAGUAGGGCUCAGAGCAAAUGAUGGGAAACACAGUGGGGCAGGGGCCCCCCCAAUAAAGCUACUUGCUCACACUGG